UCCACAAUGGCUCCCUCCACACCAUCAGCAACAUGGUGUCGUUACCGCCGAACCCUCCGCCCCCUCACGGGGUGCAUCACCACAUGGGGUUCGUAGGUCCGGGUCAACUGUUACCCACGGAGGACGUGGAGGUGUUCUUUCACAACCUCGACGGCAAAUCCAGUUCCACCGGCGGCGGCACUCUGACGACGUUUGCGGCAACCACAAACGGGCAUUUCACGACGCUGACCACGCCGACCGGAAACCAGGGUAUAUAUCACGACAACUCCCUCCCGCCAGGGGGAGCAGUCCUGUCGGCCCAUCACCCCCCGUCGUACUCCGACUCCCAGGCGUACCUGCACUCCCACGUUCCGUCGCUGUACCUCCCGUCUUCGCGACCUCUCGGCAUGUUUCCGAUACAGUACGGAACUCGGGGCGCCUCGCAACAUCCGGUGCAGUUUUGGAACUCGCCUUCGGAGACUCUGUACGUUUCCGAGUCUUCGUCGCCGAAGUAUAUCAACAUAGGGACUAUAGGGGAGAGCCGGUCGAGCGUGACCCCGACCAGGAGCGUGUCGGGGUCUCUGGGCUCCCAGUUGGCCCGCCCCUCGUCAGAGAACUACCCAAGCGGUUACACUACCCUCGAGCUGAACGGAGUCACGUGGGCGUCGGAACCUGUGGACCAAACAGAAGUCAAAGAUGGAGACUACUACCAAGAGGGUCGGGAAUGCGUCAAUUGCGGUGCCAUGUCGACGCCACUGUGGCGUCGUGACGUCACGGGCCACUACCUCUGUAACGCGUGCAGCUUGUACCACAAGAUGAACAGCCUGAGUCGGUCAAAUGUAAAACAGCAAAUAGAGGGAGACUCCGAAGAAGACGACAGAAGUAAAGGCUAUAUGGACAGUGGUUAUGAAAAGAGUCUGUCGCCAGAAGACGUAGCGGAAGAAACGUCCGUCAAUCAAGUUAGCCAACAUGAGCUGAAAUUCCCCAAACAGAUGCUGCAACAAGCCAGUGGUAGUAAUCGUAGACUGGGUCUGUUGUGUGCUAACUGUGGAACUAGCACUACAACGCUGUGGAGGCGGAACGGCGAGGGGGAACCGGUCUGUAACGCGUGCGGUCUUUACUACAAGUUACACCAGGUAAACCGGCCGCUCUCUAUGAAAAAGGACGGGAUUCAAACACGGAAGAGAAAGCCGAAGACUCAGUCUUUAAAGUCCAAGUGUCUUACCAAGGACCCCAUGUCUCAGAACUCUCCUCUGUCGCUGCCACGUCAGAUUCAGCCACAGAUGACGUCAUCCACCACCUUACAGCAACAAUCGGCCAUGUUGAACAGCAGUCAUAUUCAGUCACAUGGGCUGCUGGACUUGACGCUCAGUCGAUCAGAAACAUCCUCGGCCAAUGACAUGCGACCGUUGCCGUCAUACUCCAAUCUGUACCGGAGCAACUCGGCCGUGUUAGCCGCCCUUACCGCUCCCUCCAACCCGCCCACACUCUUGCCCAUCUCUGCCCUGGCCGCCAGCCACGGCAUGCACAGCGACACGAGUCGCCAACACAUCACUUUCGACAACGGCAGCAUGCUUGUCAAGUCCAGCAGUGAGCCUCUUUUCUCCCCGUCUCCGCCGAAAGCCAUUCCCGUCAACAGUGACGUCAUACCCGAAGCAGAAACAACGUCUUCAGCGAUUGGUGCAGCCGAUAUAGUCCAGCUAAAGCCGGCUUCUGUCAGUCAGUCGUAGUUUCGUAACAGACUGGAUUUUUGUUUUGUUUUUUGUUUUUCUUCUUCCUCAAAGACGAGCUAACAUACUUGCCAUAUUAUUUGUUUGUUAUUCGUGAGAAUCUUUUGUUUUUAAAUAUGUCCAAGUCGCGCUCAGGAGACCGAGCGCAAUAUGUCCUAGUUGCGUUCAGGAGGCAGACCUUUUGUGGUAGUUUGUCAAAUUGUGAAUAGGAUGCGUUGGAAACCUGUAACCUGUUCAGGAGGGCAAGCAAUUGCGGUCGCUCGUUAGACUGAUUUGUGCGAUUAACGUUAGAUGAAUGUGAUUAUAUAUGGCAGAAGACAGUGGUACCAGUCAAAUUGUUCGCAAGCGCUCGACAUCCUGAACACGUCACAUUAUCCUCCUGAACACUCCGAUUUUGAUGUAGAUUUGUUCUAUUCAUGUUUGUUUGUGACGUCAUACACGUGGAUCGAUGACAAAAAAGACAUCUGUUAGUCUGUUCUAGAUCGACCAUUGGUGUUCGUAAUCACGUGGUUGUAACAAUUUGGAUUCAUUGACGGGACGAUCACACUUGUGCCAUCUGGUUGCAGUUUGUGUGGUAUUAUGAACCUAGUCGUGAAAUACCAUUGCAAGACGCUGUAACACAAUUUAGUGCUUCUUUUCUAUCAUUUUCACUUCUUGUUUGGGAUGUGUCUAUUUUUUUUUUUUUAAAUCUAGCAGGCAAAAUAGAAAUUCACCUGCAUAUGUCAGAAGUCAUUUUUCAAGAGAAAGGUUUACGUACAAUUAUCUCAUCUGCUAUGUAGCUCAAAAUUGUGUUAUAUUUUAAUUCCACCAUGCUCUAAAAAUACAUGACAAAGGUCCUAAUUUUCCACACACUAUCCCAAACCACAUGCUGUCAUAUUUCCAGCAGGUCAUAUGGUUUCUUAGGAGGACGUAUUUCUGUUGGCAUGCUAUGAAGACAUUACACCAGAGGCCUAAUUCACAACGCUCUCUUAGGCUCUGCUAGACAGCAAAGCAUCCUCUUUGCGAGUUUUUUAGCAAUGCACUGCGAGAUCGCAAAGUUGCGAGAGUUUAGUGAAUUAGGCCCAUGACCAUCUUUUACUUCCUAUUACGGGCCCUCAGACAUUGCCCCAAAGACAUUAUUAAGGUUUCAGACGAGAAUAUUGUCCAUCGAAGACAGUGCUACCAUUAGACAAAUAUAAGAUAAACCAAAUGUAUGUGUUGAUCAAGACAUUAUAGACGACUUGCAAAUCUUUCUCUCUUGACUUUAUGGUAAUUUCUCGUUCAAUGUUCUGUGCUUCCUAUUACGGGCCCUGAGACAUUGUCCCAAAGAAAUGAUUAAGGUUUCAUAUGAGGAUAUUGUCCAUUGAAGACAGUGCUAUCAUUAGACAAAUAUAAGAUAAAUCAGAUAUAUGCUGACAGUAUUGGUCAAGACAUUGUAGACGGCUUGCAAAUCUUUCUCCCUUGACGUCAUGGAGAUUUCGUUUUCAUUUGUAGCUAUGUUCUGUGUUUUAACAACAAUUCAACAAACCCAUCAACACACUAAGAGGUACUAGCAGGCCUCUAGGAACGAUAUCUGAAGCAAGGUUUCUGCCACAGGGUAAUAUGGGUAUUGCGCUAUACCCAAAUUGUUUUGCAGAUUUUUUGAUUUUUUUUUAAUGACAAAAUUAAUGACAUCAUUGCUGUGUGAUCUUCUAGAACCUAACCCUAAACCUAACCCAAUUUCUUUCUGGGGAGACCCCCCCCCCCCCACACCCACACACACACACACACACCCAUGUUCCCAUACCCCCUAUUGACUGCAGUUGCAUUCAGCACACUCAUUGUAAAUAUUCAAUUUCAUAGCGCCAUACCCAACAUUUUAUUUCUGGCAGAAGAACUGCACGAGGUUGGCUGGGGAGGGGCACAAUGAUUAAUAGGGGUUAUCAGCCUCUAGUGGGUAGAGGCAAAUUAUAUUGGUACCUUAAUUCGAUAGAGCAGGACAAAAAAACGUACAUUUUCGUCCACGAGGGGGGGGGGGGGGGGGGGGGGUGGCGGUUCCCACGAGCCUGAUUACCGUAUCGUCUUUUAACUGCCACAUUCCCGAAAUGACCAAACAAAAGAAAUCUGUAAUAGCAAAGGCCUAUUUCAUGUUACCGCAUCACUGUCACAUUCCAGAAUGGUAAAAGUUUGGGGGGUUUUUGGUUGAGGAAACCACUAGAUCACAUUGAUUUAUUAAUAAUCAUUGGCUAUUGGAUGUCAAAAACAUUUGAUAAUUCUGACGCAUAUAGGUAUAUUUUUUUAUUUUAUUUUAUUUUUUUGUUAGCAGCAAAUUAUAUUUUAUAUGUACUUUUCCACAGUGAGGACAGCACAUUCAGUCGUGUGAAAACACAGUAGGAGAAUUGGUCCACUAAGUAGUAGCUCGAGAUCUUCGGAAAUGUAUUAUCUAAAUAACAAAACCCAAGUAAUGUCUGAUUUCAAUUAUCAAAAAACAAACGGCUCUAAUAGUGAAAAAAUACAGACUUGUUUAAAACCUAGGGUCUGUCGCUUUAACAUUGGUACUUCACUGUCAUUAUUUUCAUUAUACAAGUUUCUGCAGAAUUAUUGUUCAUAUCGGAGGCGGAUCCAAGCGGGUGGGGACGUGGGGAUCCACCCCCUCUAAAUAUAGUCAAAUACCUUAUUUUUUUUUUUUUUUUUUUUUUUUUUUUUUUUUUUUUUUUUUAAAUUCAUUGGGUUGGCUGUUUCACGAGUUGGUUGAUCCAUAUGUCAUUUUCCAUUUAGUCCCCGCCCAAAGAAACGCCUGGAUCCGGCCCUGCAUAUGAUAUCCCUGAUAAACGAGAAAGAAAUGUUGUCUUUAUAAUAUAGCGAUUGGUGAAUAUAUAUAACUAUGUUAGACGCAGGGUAAUUCGCUAAUGGAGCAUUACAGACUUUGUGAAAAUAAAGAGCGUAUGUCUU